AUGGCUCCCUCCCGAUCCGCCCUCUUCUCCCUCCUCCUUUCCGCGCUGCCGCUGGUGUCGGCGCAGGAGUGCACUCUCCAGUUCGACGGCAGGACGCCCGAUGACUUCGCCGCCGCCGACUUUGAUGCCAACAACAACAUCUUUAGCCCCGAUAAUGUCUUUGGCCAGGGUCUCUCCUUUGGCCAACUGAUCAAGCUCCCCAACGCUGGCUUGUCCAUUUUCGACGACGGCACCGCCCCCUUCGAAGUCACCAUCUCCGACGACUCCAUCUUCCCCCUCCCCCGACAACGUGCAAACGGGCUUCCGCCGCGCCGAGCUCAUCCCGGCCUCCAACUCCGGCACCGACCCUCCACCACCGGCGUCAAGACCCUCCACUUUAGCCUCAUGAAGGACGCCGCCCGGCCCCUCAACCUCUCCCACGAGUACCAACUCGUCUUCCUCGAGAGCAACGACUUCUCCACCAACCAGGUCGUGCUCAAGACCGGCACCAUCCUCGGCGGCAACACCGCCGACCCCGACACCCUCCAGCUCUUUGGCAACGUCAACCAGGGCAACCUCUUGUUCAGCACCGCCUUCACCGCGGGCGUCUUCCACAACUUUGGCGUCCUCCUCGACUUUAAUGCUCUUCUUCUACUCCACCGGCUCCGACCCCUCGAGGAGCAGACCGACGCCAUCGCCAACGACGUCAGCGGCCAGGGCCAGUUCCACUUUGGCGUCCUCAAGAAGCCCACCGACUCCGCCGGCGACAUCACCAAGGAUGGUUUCCAGGAGGCCGGCAUCGACGAGGGCAUCAUCUUUGGAGGCAUCUUCCAGGAGGACUCGUCCGACGGCUGCAUCAGCCUUUCUCUGUAA